UUAGCCAUCUUGCUCUUUGUGCGAUUACUUCUCUUUCUGUUUUUUUCUCUGCUUUUGUCUUUGACUGAUCAGAUUCUCCCCUGAGUGAGUGGAAGCACAGACUAAUGGCCGUACGCUCUGAAACAAUCCGAUACGAUCCCCAGCGAUCCCAAGCAAACCGAAUUUUCAGUUCCGUUAGUCAGUUGGCCGCGUUGCACGGAACGGGCGUUAUACGCCGACCUCGUCGGUUUGCGUUUUCUGUAUAUGUUCCGGGUUAGGUCAUCUGGUUUUGGGGAAUCCGACCGAUAAGCACGAACGGUUUGAUUCCCGCACUAUCCAUCAGUUUUGACGACGACGGAUUGCCAAAGCGCAGCUAAAUCCGAUAUUUACGACGCGUAUAAAAUAUUUGACAAGCCUUAAAAAACAAUUUGAUUGUUUAUAAAUAAAUUACUCUCAACUGUUUUCCCUCAAACGAGAAGGCCAAAUGUUAAAGUUUUGUUUUAACGGAAUAUAAAACAAGUUUCUAAGUUACCGUCCUGGAGGAACAUCUAGAUUUGGCCGGAAAGAGACUGAGUUACCGCCACAAUGGAGUGGACUUGGUUCAAAGACUGGUGGCGUCUCAAGAAGCUUCGAUCUCGUCACCAGCGACAUAAGAAAAAACUCCAAGCAGCCACGGCAGCCGCUGGAGCUGCGAUGACAGCAACAGCGGUUUUGCCCGGCUCUGGGUGCGCAGAAAGUGGUGGUUCCCAGGAUCCACAAACCAAUCGUCUCCACAGCUUGUACGACGCAGUGCCAUCUGAUGGAACUAUAGCCAGAAUACGUCAUGGUAGUCGAGAUCGUCUACGCCGGAAUCGCUUGCUGCAGCGCCAGCGUCGAAGUCAAAGUGCCGCAGUCCACAGUCAUAGAAGCCAGGACGACGACGAUGGGGAAUACGGACCCUUUAACGUCAGUGAUUACGAGGAUUACGGGCCGAGUCAUGGCAGCGACGAGGAGAGUGAUGAUUUCUGCUACUGUGAUGUCUGCAUGAAUGGCGACACGGACUUUGGAGACAGCAAUGACGGGAUGGACUCCGACACGAGCACCUCUUCCAGCAACAGCAAGCAGGUGGUCGUCGGAAUCUGUGCGAUGGCCAAGAAGACACAGUCAAAGCCAAUGAAGGAGAUCCUGACUCGACUUGGAGAGUUUGAGUUCAUUAAGCUGGUGACGUUCGAGGAGAACGUGAUUCUACGAGAACCGGUCCAAAAUUGGCCCACCUGCGACUGCCUGGUGUCGUUUCACUCGAAAGGUUUUCCCCUAGAGAAAGCCAUCGAGUAUGCCCAGCUUAGGAAUCCCUUUGUGCUGAAUAAUCUGCACAUGCAGUACGAUAUUCAGGACAGGAGAAGAGUGUACGCCAUUCUGGAGAAGGAGGGUAUUGAGAUUCCGCGCUAUGCCGUCCUCGAUCGUGAUUCGCCGGACCCUAAACACCAUGAGCUUAUUGAGUCCGAGGACCAUGUGGAGGUCAAUGGUAUUACCUUUAACAAGCCGUUUGUUGAGAAGCCUGUGUCGGCGGAGGACCACAACAUAUACAUAUAUUACCCGACGUCGGCGGGCGGAGGAAGUCAGCGACUUUUCCGAAAGAUCGGCAGCCGGAGCAGCGUGUAUUCCCCGGAAUCAAGGGUGCGAAAGACAGGAUCAUUUAUCUACGAGGACUUUAUGCCCACCGAUGUGUACUUUUCAGGCACGGAUGUCAAGGUGUACACCGUGGGACCGGACUACGCCCAUGCCGAAGCCCGUAAAAGUCCCGCUUUGGAUGGCAAAGUAGAGCGCGACAGCGAAGGAAAAGAGAUUCGCUAUCCAGUGAUCCUCAAUCAUUCCGAGAAGCUAAUCUCACGGAAGGUGUGCCUGGCCUUUAAGCAAACCGUCUGUGGAUUCGAUUUGUUGCGAGCCAAUGGAAAGAGCUAUGUCUGCGAUGUUAACGGUUUUAGCUUCGUUAAAAACUCGAACAAGUACUAUGAUGAUUGCGCCAAGAUACUAGGCAACAUGAUUCUCAGGGAGCUAACGCCUACCCUGCACAUCCCCUGGUCAGUGCCCUUUCAAUUAGACGAUCCUCCCAUUGUGCCCACCACUUUUGGCAAAAUGAUGGAGCUGCGCUGCGUGGUGGCCGUAAUUAGACAUGGCGAUCGGACGCCCAAACAAAAAAUGAAGGUUGAGGUGCGGCAUCCCAAAUUUUUCGAGAUCUUCGAGAAGUACGACGGCUACAAGCUGGGCCACGUUAAGCUAAAGCGCCCUAAACAGCUUCAAGAGAUUUUGGACAUCGCCCGCUUCCUGCUAAGCGAGAUCCACACCAAAGCUCAUGCCGAGAUCGAGGAAAAGGAAAGCAAGCUGGAGCAGCUGAAGAACGUUCUGGAGAUGUACGGUCACUUUUCGGGCAUAAACCGGAAGGUCCAAAUGAAAUACCAACCAAAAGGACGUCCACGUGGCUCCAGCUCCGAUGAUACAGCGGAUCAACCAGUGGAACCUUCCCUGGUCCUCAUCCUCAAGUGGGGCGGCGAACUGACUCCAGCAGGUCGCAUCCAGGCGGAGGAGUUGGGUCGCAUUUUUCGGUGCAUGUAUCCGGGUGGCCAAGGAAGAUCGGAUUACUCGGGCACCCAAGGACUAGGUUUGCUGAGAUUACACUCGACGUUCCGGCAUGACUUAAAGAUCUACGCCUCAGAUGAGGGUCGUGUCCAGAUGACGGCUGCCGCUUUUGCAAAAGGUUUGCUGGCCCUGGAAGGAGAACUUACGCCCAUUCUGGUCCAGAUGGUAAAGAGCGCCAAUACAAAUGGACUGCUGGACAAUGAUUGCGACUCCAGCAAGUACCAGAACUUGGCUAAAGGUCGCCUCCACGAGCUUAUGCAAAACGAUCGAGAGUUUUCUAAGGAGGAUCGUGAGCUGAUUAAUCCUUGCAAUAGCAAAUCGAUUACCCAGGCUCUGGAUUUUGUAAAAAAUCCUGUUGACUGCUGUCACCACGUACACCUGCUCAUUCGCGAGCUUCUUCACAUUAUCAGUAUCAAAAAGGAUGAUCCAAAGACCAAGGACGCCAUUUUAUAUCACGGCGAGACGUGGGACCUGAUGCGUUGUCGCUGGGAAAAAAUCGAGAAGGAUUUUAGCACCAAAUCGAAGCUGUUUGACAUCUCAAAGAUACCAGAUAUAUAUGAUUGCAUCAAAUACGACCUGCAACAUAAUCAACACACGUUGCAAUACGAUCAGGCGGAGGAGCUAUACAUCUAUGCGAAGAAUCUGGCUGAUAUAGUCAUACCACAGGAGUAUGGACUGACGCCCCAGGAGAAACUGGCAAUUGGUCAAGGUAUCUGCUCCCCUUUACUAAGAAAGAUCAAGGGUGAUCUGCAGCGAAACAUCGACGAAGUGGAAGACGAGUUUAUGAACCGUUUGAAUCCACAUUAUAGCCAUGGUGUUGCAAGCCCUCAGAGGCAUGUCCGCACAAGGCUCUAUUUUACCAGCGAAUCGCAUGUUCACUCGCUGCUCACCGUUUUACGUUAUGGGGGAUUGCUUAAUGUGGUUACAGAUGAGCAGUGGCGUCGGGCUAUGGAUUAUAUUUCGAUGGUAUCGGAGCUCAACUAUAUGUCUCAGAUCGUUAUCAUGCUCUACGAGGACCCUACCAAAGAUCCAACUUCUGAGGAACGCUUCCAUGUUGAACUGCACUUUAGUCCGGGUGUAAAUUGCUGUGUGCAAAAGAAUCUACCACCAGGUCCGGGAUUUCGCCCGCAUUCGCACGGCGACAAUGCUUGCAAUGUAAGUUUGCAAUCUUCAGACGAGUCAAAUCCUGCCAGAAUCGAGGAGGAGAAUGACUCGAAUUCAGGAGAGGAACGGGAGGGCAAAAAGCGAUGCACCUCAGGCCAAAGGAGUUCGGAUCGCAGUGCGGAACGCACUUCCCCUUUCGGAUUCAACCGACUAGAGCUCAGAUCCAAGCAGUUUAAAUCGAAACCCAUCCCCAUCGGAGCCCAUCACACUGUCAGUGGCCAUGAAGCAAUGGAUCUAGCCAAGCGUCUGAACGAGGAGUUGGCAUCGCACCAACAGCAGCAAAACCAGCAGCUUCGACCCAUUAGUCCGGACAUAAGGGCAGUAACUCCUGACUGCGAACCACGCUCCCGGAGUUUUGAACAGCGGCCCACGUCCGGAGUCUGUGCUAAAGAACCGGCAACAGAGACAGCAGAAGAUACAUCAAUGGAUAUACAAACAAAUAUAUGUAUCGGAAAAAGUGCACCUGGGCUUACACCAACAGUUACUACUACCGAUAUUUCAAAAGGUAUACAAGACAUCGCUCCUACAGCCACCCAAACAUCCCCACCAACAUUUACACCAUCAACCACCACUACAACAACUGGAGCAGCAGCAGCUUUGUUUGAUAAUACAGCAACAAUGUCUUCUAAUCGACCAUUUACUAACCAAUUCCAAUCGAUUGAUCCCACUUCAAACGACGCACCACACCAACAUCAUGUACAUCAACACCAAUACCAACAUCACCGCAAAAUAACAACGACCAUCAAUAACACUCUGAACGAAAACCACACCACCGCCACAAUUACAAACAACACUACCACGACCCCGUCUUGUUGUACCAAAACCAUCGCCACAGAUAGCCAAGUCUCGGUGUCGGUCUCGGCAUCGGUGUCAUCGGCCAACCCAUCCACGUCGUCGCGUCGCCAAAGACACAGUAUUGCCGGCCAGAUGUCCUAUAUGAAAAUGUUGGGCUUCGGUGGUUUUAGCAAAAAGAUGGCCACCAGCGCAAAUAGCCUUUUCAGCACCGCCGUCAUCAGCGGCAGCUCGUCCGCUCCUAAUCUUCGCGACAUGAUAACGGUCUCCUCUUCCGGAUUUGGCGAUGUACCACCAAUCCGCCCGCUUGAGACACUGCACAACGCCCUUUCGCUGCGCAAGCUGGACAGUUUCUUGCAGGACAUGAUCCUGGCGCAGAUCUUUAAGACGCCGACAGGGUCCCCACCGCGGGGCUUCUCUAAGAAUACCUUGCCAGCGGUUUCCUCGAUGACUCUAAACGCCUCAAAUCAGACAGAGAUGAUCGACCAUGAGCAGCAAAUUGGCAGACAACCGCCGAUAUCAACGACCGUAACGCCCACCUUUGACCGGCGUGGCAGCGAGUCCGGAUCCACAGCGGAUGCCCAUCUGCGUCUCCUUUCGGAGAGCCAGUGCCCUAAUCUUGACGAUAGCAACACGGAGCUGCGAGAAUCGCUGGCUGGAAAGAUGGAGCUUUGGCCAGAGGACAUUGUGAAGGCAGCCGAGGAGGAGGAAAUAACCCUAUCGGAAUUGGAAACAAAACCAAGCUUGGACCUUACCAUGGAGAUAAUGGAGCGGGGGGCCGCGGGUACCGCCUUCUUCCAGCCAAUGAAUCGGGACAGCUUGGAAUCCGGCGAAGGAACGAUGGGCGGUGGAGUCUUUCUAAGUGUUUGUGAGGAACAGGACAGCGGAAGCACCUGCCUCACACCAGUUAGUUUUGGGAUGGAUCUCGACCUGAGCAUGGUGGCUAACAAGGGCUCCAUUACGCUGUCAAUGGAAAUCUGCUCUGGUGUUUUCUCCAAGGGGUUCGAAGAUGAUGAAGAUGCCACUUUGUCGGCGGCCACAACACCCUCCCUUUUGGCGGACUGUGAGCCGCGCCUGGAGAGUUGCUACUGUUGUCCCAGCCAUGCAGAGGGCCCCCCUGAGGUUCCCAGCGAUGAUCCACGGUUUGGCUUUGCGCUGCCGGUUCGAGUCACCCAAGCUUCACCGGAGCAUGAGCGACGUGUGCGCCGUGCUCAUGAUCCCGUCUCGCCAAGGAUCCAGAAACAGAUCAGCUUGUUCGAGGGAAACGCGGCUCCGGCAACGGGUCAGAAAAAGACUGAGUCCAGCGGAUCGGUUGUGGGCGGUCCCAUUCUGCACGCCUCCAUCAACCUGCCGGCGGCGGGACCGCAUCAUUUGCGCCAGGAUGCUCGCCUGCGCAAGUUUGAGAACCUCACGCAGUCCACUUCGAACUCGAACUUUCCCUUCGAAAGCAACACACUGAAGCGAGUGCCCAUGCAGACCACCAAUGACUAUGACAACGUAAGCCACACACAGAGCUGCAUAAACCUCAAAAGUGGCAGCAGUGGAGUCCUCGGGGGAUCGCCGCAGCGUCAGAGAGGAUCCGAUGGAAGAGUCGUAGCUGCAAGUGGAGUUCCGGCAGAGAGGGAGCCACCGCGGCUCCAUUGUGGACGGAUGAUCAGCACAUGCUGCUCUGCCUCGGCCUCGCCGUCCCCCUCACCGGGGGCGCUGAUUGUAAAGGAGCGAUUCAUCGAACCGCCCAAGCGCGGUGUCGUGCGCGGAUACCAUGGCAAAACGCAGUCCAUGGACGCCGACUUCCUGUUCAACGAGUUUCUUCUGUUGCCGGCCAUGGCUCCGGCCAAGAUAUCCUUUGAUAGUUCCGAAAUCGACCAGGCCAGCGAUGACGACUCCCCGAGCACCUCGAAACAAAGGCACGCCUAAAUAUCAAUCGAACUCCAGAUCCUUAAAGCACUCGCAUCCCUAAGCCGGGCCAAUGUAACUAACACAAGCUAUCGCCACAGCGAGUGCCAUUUCAAAUUCGAGUUAUCGCAUAGAUCCACUCGCUUACGGACUUUUUACUAUUAAUCUAACUGUUUGUUGCUUUUGGGCCAAGAAAAUACAAAUAAAAGGCUUAUCUCUAUUUUUGUCCAUAA